CUGGGCGAUGAAGAUAGGCUCAGCACUCUGACUGAUGAUAUUUUACUGUCUAUCUUGGGGAGAGUCAGUUCAUGUAUGGCUGCAAGGACAGGUGUGCUUUCUACACGGUGGAAGCAUCUUCCUUGGUUGCUGCCUGAACUAAGCAUCGAUGUCAAGGAUUUCCUAUCUGUUCCAUGCCCUGAUCCUAUUGAGGCAGAUGCUAUGGAGAAAGCUAUGAUGUCUUUGACUAAAGCAACCAAGAAUUUCUUGGCUGACCAUCGGAGGGAAUCCACCAUCUCAAGUCUGCACCUUAAUCUCUACUUGAUCAACAAUUUCUUGUGCGAAGUUGGCUCACUGGUAGGUGACGCUGUUGACAGUGGUUUGUUAAAAGAUUUGGAUCUCGCCAUUACUGAUGAGACAGCUCCUCGUGACUGUAGUGAGGUGUAUAUGGUACAGCGAGGCAAAGAAAUUGAUGGUUUUUUCAGUGCAUGCCCUAGUGUGCUCCAUUGCCUCACAAAACUCUCUCUACGCAAUUUAUGCUUCAUUGAAUUGGACAUGCACCAUAUUCUGUUUGACUGCUGCAAGCAACUGAAGCAUCUAAGCCUUUAUCAGUGUGAUACUGGUGCUAGCUCUUUGUUUAUGAUUGAUGCACCAAACUCAAAAGUUAGCGUUCUAGAACUCACCUUGUGUCGCUUUGUGAGACUUGAGGUGGUCUGCCUUCCUAAAUUGGAGAAGCUCAGCUGGGAUACUUGGAUGUCUCCAGAUAUGCCAUUGGCCAUUGGUUUUGCCCCGUCGCUUGGAGAAUUAGAACUCUCAUGUGGUGCAGUAUGUGCUAACAGUGGAACUAAAUUAAGUGAGCUUCUACAUGCAACCAGAGGCAUACAUACUCUUAGUUUGGGUUUCCAAGGAGAAAAUAUUUGGUUGCAACCUGAAACUAAGCAACUCUGCACAGCUUUCAACAAGCUGAGGAAGCUGUCUGUGCAAGGUAUCUUUGUUGAAUUUGACAUUUUAUGGACUACUGCCUUUCUUGUGGCGGCACCUUCUAUCGAGCUGUUACAGAUUGAGGUAUGGGAACAUCCAUGCGAUGAGGAAGACUUGACUGAUGAGGAUAGACGACGUACAAACUCUGAAAGAAGAAAUCCGCAGUGGGAUAUGGACUUCGACAACUCGAAGAAUUGGCUGUUGAAAGAGCUAGAAUUUGUUGGCUUCAGAUCACUAGAACAACAGUUCACAUUUAUAAGAUCUGUUUUGGAGCGAUCUCCAAACUUGCAGAAGAUAUUUCUCAAAGAUGACGAGGAGUGCUCCUUUUGUGCAGCUCUUGGCGCGCCUUCAAAAUUCCCCAAGAAGGAUGAUCAAGAAAUGAUCAUAAGGCGGAUUACAGAUGGCAUAUUCUCACCCCAGAUAAUUUUUGAUAAGUUGUAAUCAUAAGGCUUAUAUCUCAGCACAAACAAUGUUUGGUAUUCAACGCGUGAAAGGCAGUUUUGUAUGUAAAAGUUAUUUCGAGAUUAGAUGUUUAUCAUAUAGCUUCACCUA